AUGGAGAGUCGCAAAUUAGAGCAGGAGAUGUCGACAGUGCAAGACUGCACACUAGUUUACUCUGCAGAUGACUAUUCUGAAGUAGUGCAGAUGAGCGCUGGACACGUGUGGACCUCCUUCAUCUGUUACGGCUCCUGA